CCCACCCACCCAUCACACCUGCACAUGGUGUGCUCUGAUGAGCUGCUUCACCAUAUAGAUCAACUCUCUAGACCCACUUUGCCAAGAGAAGAGAAAUCUUUUUCAGCAGCUUUGUGGUCAUGGAUUUUAAGGCCUGUCUGCUGCUUCUCACAGGUGUUUUUGUAGUCUGUGUGGUCACAGGAGUACCAGCCCCCAAAGCCCUGUGGGACUUCGCAGAGAUGAUCCGCUGUGUCCAGCCUGACGUCAGUCCUUUGAGGUACAACAAUUAUGGCUGCUGGUGCGGCCGAGGAGGAUCGGGAACUCCAGUGGAUGAUUUGGACAAAUGCUGUGAGGGUCAUGAUAAAUGCUAUCAAAGCAGCAGAAAGGCUCCUGGAUGCACAUCUCCAUUAAAAAACCCUUACAUCCUCGACUAUGACUUCUCCUGUCAAAACCACCAGGUCACCUGUUCAGGGUCCAAUGAUAAGUGUGAGGCUGCUGUGUGCAGAUGCGACCAGACGGCCGUAAACUGCUUUGCCAACAACACGUACAACCCACAAAACAAAGACCUGGAUCGGGACGUCCACUGUGUCCCUUGAGCUGCUUUGACCACUCCUUGAUAAAGACAUUUUGCCAAAAACCGCCAUAUAUAUAUAUAUAUAUAUAUAUAUAUAUAUAUAUAUAUUAUUUAGAUCCUAAAUUAGCCAACAGUCUUAUCAAGAUGAGCCAUUGUACAGACAGUCAUCCUCAGUCAUAUUGAUCUUUUCUUAUGAAUGCUGCAGUGUUUUUCACAGUGAGCAGAACAAGAGUCUGACUGGGAACAUUUACAUUAAAUUUCAUUUAAAAAGAAUGCAUCAGCUGUUUGGAAUUAAAACUUGACGUUUGCAGGGAAAAAA